CCUGGCUCCCCACUCAUCUUUCCUCCCCGCCCCAUCCUUCUUCUUCCUCCACCAACUUCUUCAUCCUCAACUCUAUUGUUCUCUCUACUAUCUCUUUGUUCUUCCCCUCCUCCUGGUUCAAACAGAUAUAUUUUUCCCUUGAUUAAUCAUAUACCCCUCCCCCCUUUACCCCCAGUCCUGAAGAAAUGUCUUCCAGUAAGGAUUCGCAGGGUGUGCCUGCCGGCAGUAAAGGGUCUUGGUCCAGUUUUCUUAAGUCGAUCGCCUCCUUUAACGGGGAUCUCUCGUCUUUGACCGCUCCUCCUUUUAUUCUGUCCCCGACCUCCCUCACGGAAUACUCCGCCUACUGGGCCGAACACCCCUCCAUCUUCGUGGCUCCCGCCCGCGAGGCGGACCCGGAGAAGAGAGCCCUUCUCGUCCUCAAGUGGUUCCUCACCACCCUCCACCAGCAAUAUUGCAGCCGCAGUGAGAAGCUGGGCAGUGAGAAGAAGCCCCUGAACCCCUUCCUCGGAGAGCUCUUCAUCGGAAAGUGGAGCUCGGACCCGGAGGUGGGCGAGACCACUCUCAUCAGCGAACAAGUCAGCCACCAUCCUCCGGCGACAGCCUAUGCCAUCCAAAAUGAAAAGCACGGCAUUCAGCUCCAAGGUUACAACGCACAGAAAGCCUCCUUCUCCAACACAAUCCAGAUCAAGCAGAUCGGCCAUGCCCUGUUGACUCUGACUCCUCCCGGGGCGGACCCGAAAGACCCAGCCCAGCAAGAACAAUACCUCAUCACGCUUCCGUACCUGCACGUCGAGUCGUUGAUCUACGGAACCCCGUUCAUGGAGCUGGAGAGGACCACUCGAAUUGCCAGCAGCACUGGAUAUACUGCCAAGAUCGACUACUCCGGCAAAGGCUGGCUGAGCGGAAAGAAGAACACCUUCAACGCCUCGCUCUACAAGGAAAGCGAGGGGGAGAAGAAGCCCCUCUACACCGCCGACGGCCAGUGGUCGAAGAGCUUCAGCAUCAAGAACGCGCGGACGAAGGACGUGAUCGACACGUACACGGUUGAUGAGAACCCGACGACGCCGCUCCAGGUCGCCCCGCUGGAGGAGCAGGACCUGUACGAGAGUCGGCGGGCGUGGCGCGACGUGGCCGGCGGGAUCCUCAAGGGUGACAUGGACUCGGUGUCUGUGGCCAAGGGGACGAUUGAGACUGCCCAGCGAGAGCUCCGCAAGGUCGAGAAUUCCGAAAACCAGGAAUGGCAGCGCCGGUUCUUCCAGCGCGUGGACGGGACCGACGAGCAGUUCCAGAAGUUGUUCAGCAGGGUGAACCUGGAGUCGCUGGAGAGUGACAAGACGGGUGGAGUGUGGCGAUUCGACCAGUCCAAAGCGGUGGGCGCCAAGCCCCCGUAUCACAGCAUCGACGUGCCCGGCAAGGGACUGGGGGUGCCGGAAUAAAUCCACACCUCAGAUUGGAUAGAGUGGGCGGGAUUUUAGCUGUAUAGGUAUUACCAUUGUGGGGUCACGCGUCAUUUACGUGAUGGGAUUUUCUUUGGGUUUCAUUUGCUGGGUUGGGUCUACUCGUGACCCUGGUGAUUAUAGAUCGUUCUCGUUACCGCGUUUCCUGUUUUUGCUUUGGAUAGGAAUCUUCCGAGUCUUCCUUGGGAUCGUGUCAUUAACUAUUAUUGAGCAUCCUGUACAUAGAACGAUCCCACGUUACUUAUCUCUUCCAUUUGGUAUGGUUGCCUCUCUGUAAACAGGAUGAAGUAUAUGGAACUUGUCUUCAUUGAUCUA